CGGCCAAACUACAGACCUACCGUGCUCAGAUGGUACUUCGUCUUGAUGCAAAUCAUCUUCAUCAUGGGAGCCAUGGGCGUCGUCCUGUGGGCAAGGCAAACCAUGCCCAACUCGGAUAGCACAGCCGUGAUUGAGGACAAAAGGUCGAUUGAGGACAUACGAAACGUGGCAGGAGACCUCAGCCCCCGACAAGACGACACUCCGCAAGACGAUACUCCGCAAGACUACACCUCCUCGUUCCUCACCACCGCCACCUACAUCAGCGAAGUCGAGAGUUGGGUCACGGUACCAGGAACAACGGGCGUGAUCACCACCACGAUUGUGGAAACGAGUUUAUCAACUUCGUACGUGACAAACGGAGAUUCUCCAUCAGACGUCAUAUACGAAUCGACCAUCAUCAUCCCUGGCGAAAGCGCAGUCGUGGAGACGACGACUGAGCUCGAAACAAGUACCGAAUACGCCCUGGUUCCGGGCAGCGGGACGGAGAUGGUUUCCAGUCCAACCGAAGUGAAUACAGUCGUGGUCACGACGCCGGUGACUCUGGCGAAAGAAAGAUAUCUUACAUACGGCAAGUCCACGCUCACAACCGUGGUGACAGAUCCCGCCGACCUGCCCGCAAAUAUCAUCCAACCUACUGCCGUCGUCACCACCCGGGCCGCCACGACCAUUGCAAAAGUCGAAAAGAUUGCGCCGACCACCGUCGUCACUCAAGUUAACGAGGUGGAAACCCUUGUCAACACUCGGGCCGCGGAGACGAUUGUCACCGAGAUCAACGGGAUUCCCACGACAAUCGUCAACACCUUUGCACCGGAGACGCUCACGACUACCCGAGGCAAAUUGGUGACGCUGACUACGGACGGAGGGGAGACGACGAUACUGUCAACCGUCGAUGGCGCCACAAUGACAAUGGAGUCGACGCCUACGGGGACUGCAGCCGCGAACUUGGUCGUGUAUGAGAUCACCGAGGCUGGCUACUUUCUUGGCAAGUUUGUUCCGGCCUUGGUGGCGGUGCUCAUCUCGAUCCCUCUCCGAAUCAUCGACCUGAAUGCCCAACUGUUCCAGCCCUUCUACGCCUUGAGCAGGCCCACCGGAGCAUACGGGUCGAAUUCAAUGGUGCUGCAUUACAGCGGGUGGACAGGCUUCCUAAAGCCAUUUACUACGCUUUCCGAUGGCCACCCGGUCACCUUCAUCACCAUGAUGCUCGUGUUGUGCUCGUCGUUGAUGACGCCGCUUGCGACAGAGGCCAUCGGCGUCAAGAUACACGGAACAUGCCAGACCAACUCGGCCGUCGGCUGCGCUGCUGCAUUGGGCUUGUCGCAGAUUCCGACGCGUGCGCUGCUCGCCCUGUUGGCCUUCACCAUUGUACUUCUCUGCGCGCUGCUCUACUUUCUGCGGAACUUCGAGACGGGUCUGUAUGCGAACCCUUGGAGCAUUGCUGGCACGGCGUCUCUUGCUGCAAAUCGGUUCAUCCGCCCGCGGCAACUCACCGAGAAGAAGAUUUACAAGGAGAUGAGAGACAAUCGCUACAGGUUGGGGUAUUUCCAGACGCAGAGCUCCCAUCAAGAGUAUGGCAUCUUGGUUGAACAUGAUGCAAACCAGGGACAGUAUGUCCAGGAGAGCGGGCAAGUCACACAAGGCCGGUCGGCUGAUGCGCCCUUCCAACGAAUCCCCAAAGGAAACCCAUUUAUUGCAUUGGGCAUUAUUUGGCGUCUUGCAUUCAUCACCUUCCUCCUAGGCCUGAUCGUCCUGAUUCUUUACUAUCAUAUCAACCUAACCAAGCAAUCUGAGUUUAAGACUUUUAUCGAUAGCCAGACGUUUGGUGUCCGAUUCUUCUUCUGCGCCUUGGGCGUGGUUUUGUCUUUUGGCUGGACAGCACUUUUCAUCAGUGUGGCCAUUAUCGCCCCGUAUCAGUGUCUAUCACAAAAACCGCAGCUUGCCUCGGACUCGAUCCUCCUCACAAGACCAACCAAUGGCUACUCUGGACUCUACUCUUCCAUCAAGCAUGGCCAACCAUUCCUUGGUCUUGUUGCAUUCAUGACGAUGCUUUCCAACUUUAUGCCUCUCCUCCUGGUCAACAUACCAUACACUAUCACACAGACAUACGUAACCCACGUCGUUUGCGCCCGAACCUCGAUGGGAGUUCUGUUGCUGAUGGUUCUCACUAUCGUCGGCAGCUUCUUCGUCAAGUGGCCCGACAUGCCAGUGGAUCCACGCUCCAUUGCUGGCGCCAUGUAUUAUGUGUGCGACAGCAGUAUUGCGGACGAGUUUGCUGGUAUCGCGAGACUGGACAACAAACAAAGGAGGCUUUGUGUGAGGGAGAUGGGUGGGCGGUACUGGUACGGCGAGAUUUUGACUAGACGUGGAGAG